ACAACCGGCUGUUGAUGACGUGUAGCUAGCCUGCUAGCCUAGCCACCUGGCUGGAUAAAGGUGUCACAGUAGGCUCAGUAAAGGACCAUAAAGCCCGGUUACAGAGCGCAGCGGCGCGGGGCGGCACCGUUACACCGACAGACAUGGAGACGCUUUACCACCAGACCAACAAACACAUCCAGGAGGUUCAGCAUCUGAUGGGGAACCUGGAGAAGACAGACCGGGAGUCGGUGCACUUGUUGGAGAACGAACUGCAGGCCAGAAUCGACCAGAUCUUCACUCACUUGGAGCGCCUGGAGAUCCUCGCCGGCAAGGAGCCGCCGAACCGCCGGCAGAACGCCAAACUACGAGUGGAUCAGCUCAAGUACGACGUGCAGCACCUCCGCACCGCCCUGCAGAACUUCCAGCACCGCCGCUACGCCCGGGAGGCCCAGGAGAGGGAGCGGGAGGAGCUGAUGAGCCGCACCUUCACCACCAACGACGCAGACACCUCCAUCCCCAUCGACGAGACCCUGCAGCUGAACUCCAGCCUGCACAGCGCCCACAGAGGCAUGGACGACCUGCUGGGCAGCGGCAGCAGCAUCCUGAACGGACUGCGAGACCAGAGGUCGACGCUGAAGGGGACCCACAAGAAGAUGCUGGACGUGGCCAACAUGCUGGGCCUGUCCAACACGGUGAUGAGGCUCAUCGAGAGGCGCGCCACGCAGGACAAGUUCAUCAUGAUCGGCGGCAUGCUGCUCACCUGCGUCUUCAUGUUCCUGGUGAUCCGGUACCUCGGCUGACCCCCCCGUCCCCCCUCCCCCACCGGAUCCUGGACAUUUCUGCGUCACGUCAUCCCUCAUCAUAUGAAUCUUUUUAUAAAUCGUGCCAUUGCACUUAAUUUCUCUUCAAACGGUUCUCAACUGUUUUUUUUUUUUUUUUUAUUGCGGGCACUUGUGAAAGAUUUAGGACUGACAGGAACUUCAGUAGGGAACAGUGUUCGAGUCCGCCUGAACUUGAACUGGAGGUGGGGGGGCUGAUGAUCACUGCCACACAUCCACUUCUACCAAAACCACUGCAGAGUGAACGGCCUCCUCCUUUUGUCUUGUAUUUUUCUGUCAAAGUGUCUUUUUGCAUUGUUCUUUACGAAUAGUAGAGAAACUCUUGUUCAAAAGGCUUUUACCGCUCAGUGUUUUCGUCACAGGAGAAUCUCCUGCACUCUGUUAUUGGGCCGACUGGGUCAAUAAAAAAAUAACAGGCGUCUUUCAUCCGGCACAACGCUCCUGAUCCUCUCGCCGAAUCCUCCCAAAGCAUGAAAACGUGCAGCGGGCGGCCUCCAGGAGAAUCCAGUCGCGGUAAUUUUCAUCAAAUACAAAAGUAGAGAGGCUGCAUCGGCUCCAGCGGAACAAGCAGCAGAAGCAGCGGCUCUUUUCUAAACUGUGUUCGCCCUCUUGUCUCACUGUGUGAGUGAUUUCUGAGAAAAAUAAAAUGUAUCAUUUCCUUA